GUAUAUUGCAAACUGACCGCUGUCGUAAACAAACACGUCGACUAGUAUUUAGUAGUGUGAUUGAGGCUGCAUUUAAAACAAAACCUUAAUAUAUAAUCACCAUGGCGUACACAAUUUGGCAACAGGUGGCGUCUGAGGGUAUCGCCAUGAUGGUGGCCAUCUGGCUGGGUGAGAGCUUACUUGCUUGUGAGCUUCUUGCGAAGAGUAAGGGAGCGCACAUGGGGAUCACAGGCGUGGCCAUUGGUUUUGGAAUCGCCUUUUACAUCCCCAUACAAAUGUUUGGCCACAUCUCGGCCACCUUGAAUCCCUGCAUGAUGUUCGCCAAAUGGAUCUGUGGCAAAAAAACAACCGAGGCGUGGCUGCUGCUGUCGCUGGCUGACUUCAUAGGCGCCUUCUGUGGCGCGUGCAUUGUUUGGGUCAUUUACUUUGCCCACUUUUCCGUCAUUCCCGAAGUGCCGACGGCGGCCAAACUGGACAAGAUGCGAUACCAGAACACCACGUCCAAGGAAGCGUACAUCUCUAAUCCCGACGGCAAGGUGGACACCAGCAACCCAGUGUCGAUACGUUUCUCUCGUUCGCAGAAAGAAGUCGAUCGCCGAAUGACACUGCAGAUCCGAGAGACCGUUAAUCAGGAGCGUUUCCAGUCCGUGUCCAAUCUCGCCCGCCGAGACAGCGAUGGAGUAGUGCCAAUGAUGGACGACCUUACUGAGACCACAGACAAACCCGUUGACAAGGAAUCAAGUGUAAGUAUCUCACAGGACCAACGGACCACCGUCAACUUCUCCGCCUCAACCGACGACACACGCAAUGAUAUCAUCGGAGGUGAGGAUGAUCAGGGCAUGCCUGAGGAGUUGGUUGCGUAUGAGAAAUUGCUGAUCCAAGACCAGAACGCAAAGCUGUCUGUCUUCUCAACACGACCCGCCAUUUACAACCGCACGACCAACUUUAUUGCAGAGGU